CCCGUGGUGUUUCAGUUUCAUUCUUAAGGAACUGAGAACUUAAUCUUACAAAAUGUCAAAAAGACCAUCUUAUGCCCCACCUCCCACCCCAGCUCCUGCAACACAAAUGCCCAGUACACCAGGGUUUGUGGGAUACAAUCCAACAUACAGUCAUCUCGCCUACAACAACUACAGGCUGGGAGGGAACCCGGGCACCAACAGCCGGGUCACGGCAUCCUCUGGUAUUACGAUUCCAAAACCCCCAAAGCCACCAGACAAGCCACUGAUGCACUACAUGAGGUACAGCAGAAAGGUCUGGGACCAAGUAAAGGCUUCCAACCCUGACCUAAAGUUGUGGGAGAUUGGCAAUAUUGGUGGCAUGUGGCGAGAUCUCACUGAUGAAGAGAAACAAGAAUAUUUAAAAGAAUACGAAGCAGAAAAGAUAGAGUACAAUGAAUCUAUGAAGGCUUAUCAUAACUCCCCUGCGUACCUUGCGUACAUCAAUGCAAAAAGCCUUGCAGAAGCUGGGCCAGAGGAAGAAAGCCGGCAGAGACAGUCGUGCAUGGAGAAAGGGGAACCUUACAUGAGCAUCCAGCCUGCGGAAGACCGGGACGAUUACGAUGAUGGCUUCUCCAUGAAACACACAGCCACCGCCCAUUUCCAGAGGAACCGCCUCAUCAGCUAGAUCCUCAGCGAGAGCGUAGUGCCAGACUUCCGGUCCGUCGUCACCACAGCUACAGUGCAGGUCCUCAAGCGCCAGGUCCAGUCCCUCAUGGUCCACCAGCGAAAGCUGGAAGCUGAACUUCUUCAAAUAGAGGAGCGGCACCAGGAAAAGAAGAGGAAAUUCCUGGAAAGCACAGACUCGUUCAACAAUGAACUUAAAAGGCUGUGCCUUCUGAAGGUGGAAGUGGAUGUGGAGAAGAUCGCGUCGGAAAUCGCCCAGGCCGAGGAGCAGGCCCGCAAGAGGCAGGAGGAGAGGGAGAAGGAGGUGGCCGAGCAGGCGGAGCGCAGCCAGGGCAGCCUGGCCCCCGAGGAGGAGCCCGCGGCCGGCAAGGCUGAGGAGAAGAAGGACGACGAGAGCAUCCCGAUGGACACAGAAGAGACACACCUUGAAGAGGCCGCAGAGAGCCAGCAGAACGGCGAGGAGGGCUUGUCUACUCCCGUGGACAAGGAGAGCAGCCAGGAAGGCGUCCACAUCAUGGCGGAGGAGGGGACCAGCGACAGCAACACUGGCUCAGAGAGCAACAGCGCCACCGUGGAGGAGCCACCCACAGACUCCUUCCCGGAAGACGAGAAAAAGGAAUAA